AUGUCGCCCUCCUCCGCGACAACAGCAGAGGCUCAAUGGCUGGCUCAAGUUGCCGCCAUGAAGGCAGCUAUCGCCGAGCUCAAGUUGCCAGAACAGAAGGCAGACGGCGACAGCACGAUCAAUAGCGAACAAGAAGAUGACCAAGACUUCGACUUGAGCUCGACGAGCGGAGGAGCCCAGGAUGUGUGGGACUUCAUAUCUGACUCUGAGCUCGAGGAGCUGGGUCUCGACAGUGGCGACCUCAUGGACGGAACCGAUGAUUUCGACCAAGAACCCCCAUACGGGCCACAGUGGUUUACCACCAAGUGUAUCGAGGUAGCACUACACAGAGAUGGCCUUCCUGCCGAGACCCUCCAGGAGCAGAUUCUCGAAGCGUUGAGGUCAACACAGCAGGAAGAGCAGCUUCAAUCUCUGCUCACGGACCUGGUCGGCUUUGACGACCUGGACUUCGUUAUUGAGCUCAUCUCUCAUCAAGCAGAGAUAACGGCUGCCGUAGACCAGUCGGCGAGACCAGACCUGAAUCAGCAGCAUCCCACAGGGCGUUUGCUUACAAAGGCGGAGAGGGAAGAGAACCUCCGGCGACAGGACUUCCGCCACAAGAACGCUGCUCUCGCGCAGAGCACUUUCAAGGAGCCGCAGUAUCCCCAUGUCUACAGGACGUUCGCUGCUGGGAACUCUCUGAGCCAUGCUGGGAAGAAGUACGCCCUCCCCACGGGAAGUGAGAGGCUUCAAUUCGACAAGUAUGAGGAAUAUGCCAUCCCAGCCGGAAAGCCCGGAGGGUUGUGGCCUGGCCAGAAACUUGUUGAUAUCAAGGAUAUGGACGGUCUUUGCCGAAAAACGUUCAAGGGCUACAAAAGCCUGAAUCGCAUGCAGAGCUUGGUCUACCCGGUGGCAUACAAGUCCAGCGAGAAUAUGCUCAUCUGUGCCCCGACUGGUGCUGGUAAAACCGAUGCUGCCAUGUUGACUAUCCUACACACUAUUGCUCAGUACCUGGAACCGAACCCCUUUACGGAUCACGCAGCCACAGACUUUGCUGUGGACUUUGAGGACUUCAAGAUCGUCUAUGUGGCACCUAUGAAAGCCCUCGCCGCUGAAAUCACCGAUAAGCUCGGGCGCCGCCUUGCAUGGCUCGGUAUCCGCUGCCGUGAAUACACUGGCGACAUGCACUUGACCAAAGCCGAGAUUGUCUCUACUCAAAUCAUCGUUACCACUCCUGAGAAGUGGGAUGUGGUCACCAGGAAAGGAACUGGUGACACCGAGCUCGUCCAGAAAGUCCGUCUCUUGAUCAUUGAUGAGGUGCACAUGCUUCACGAUGAGCGAGGUGCGGUGUUGGAGUCACUCGUCGCCCGUACCGAGCGCCAGGUCGAGAGUACUCAGUCAUUGAUCCGGAUUGUGGGCCUCAGCGCCACCCUUCCAAAUUAUAUCGAUGUAGCGGACUUUUUAAAGGUCAACAGAUAUGCUGGUCUGUUCUACUUUGAUGCGUCAUUUCGUCCAGUGCCGCUGGAACAGCAUUUCAUUGGUGUCAAGGGAAAAGCCGGAUCCAAGCAGUCCAGAGAAAACCUAGACCAGGUGGCCUUCGAGAAGGUCAGAGAGAUGCUGGAGCGGGAUCACCAAGUGAUGGUGUUUGUUCACUCCAGGAGAGAUACGACCGCGACAGCCAAGAUGAUUUACGAGAAAGCAGUCGAUGAGGUCUGCGUUGACCUCUUGGACCCGUCCAUGCACCCAAAGUAUGAGAAUGCUGUGAGGGACAUGAAGUCUUGCAAGGCUAAGGAGUUGCGAGACCUCCUGCCCAAGGGCAUCGGAGUACAUCAUGCCGGUAUGGCGAGAGCCGACCGUAACUUGAUGGAGAGACUAUUUGCAGAAGGUGUUCUGAAGGUGCUCUGCUGUACGGCCACCUUGGCCUGGGGAGUCAACUUGCCGGCUGCAGCCGUUGUCAUCAAGGGCACCCAGGUUUACAGUGCGCAAGAUGGAAAGUUCGUCGACCUCGGCAUCCUAGACGUGCUGCAAAUCUUUGGACGUGCUGGUCGGCCACAGUUUGAGGAUACUGGUAUCGGUAUGAUUUGCACUACGCAGGACAAGCUUACCCACUACCUCACCGCCGUCACGGAUCAGCUACCCAUCGAAUCCAAGUUCUCAACAAAACUGGUGGACAACCUGAACGCUGAGAUCGCCUUGGGCACGGUGACUUCCAUACCGGAGGCCGUCCAAUGGAUCGGGUACUCGUACCUGUUUGUCCGUAUGAGGAGAAAUCCCAUGGCCUAUGGUAUUGAUUGGGCCGAGUUCCAAGACGAUCCCUCGCUUGUGCAGCGACGCCGACAGCUUGCUAUCCAGGCCGCUAGAACACUCCAGAAGAGUCAGAUGAUUAUAUUUAACGAGUCGACAGAGGAACUUCGCAGCAAGGACAUUGGUCGUAUCGCCAGCCAAUACUACAUUCUACACACGAGCAUCCAGAUCUUCAACACUAUGAUGCAGCCUUUUGCCACGGAGGCCGACAUCCUAAAAAUGAUCGCGAUGAGUGGUGAAUUCGACAACAUACAAUCGAGAGACAGCGAGAGCAAGGAAUUGAGCAGGAUGAAGGAGAAUGAAGCUGUCGUGCCUUGCCAGGUUGGCGGAGGUAUUGAUCAGCCUCAGACCAAGACGAAUAUCCUCCUUCAAGCCUUUAUAUCCAAGGCUCAACCGGAAGAUUUUGCUCUGACAAACGACCUGAACUACGUGGCCCAACAGGCUGGCCGAAUCUGCCGGGCAUUGUUCAUGAUCGCAUUGAAUAGAAGAUGGGGUCACCAAUGCCUCGUGCUCCUAACUCUGGCCAAGUCUAUCGAGAAGCGCGUCUGGCCGUUCCAACAUCCGCUUCACCAAUUCGAGCUGGCUAAACCAAUAUUGAACCAGCUUGACGCCAAAGAGUCUCUGACGGUCGAGGCUAUGCGGGACAUGGAACCGGCUGAGAUAGGAGGGCUGGUCCACAAUCACAGCGCCGGAAGCAAGAUUGCCAAAAUUCUCGACAACUUUCCCACUGUCAGCGUGGAGGCUGAGAUUGCACCCUUGAACCGAGACGUGCUGCGAGUUAAACUCUACAUCAUUCCUGACUUCCGCUGGAACGAUCACAUCCACGGGACGUCAGAGUCAUAUUAUAUUUGGGUCGAGAACUCGGAAACAUCAGAGAUCUACCAUCACGAGUUCUUCCUUCUGAACCGCAGGAAGCUGCAUGAUGACCAUGAGCUCAAUUUCACGAUCCCCCUGUCUGACCCUCUGCCCAACCAGAUCUAUGUGCGGGCUGUCUCGGACAGAUGGCUGGGCGCAGAAACUGUCACCCCUGUCUCGUUCCAGCACCUGAUCAGACCAGAUACAGAAAGCGUCUACACGGAUCUUCUCAAUCUACAGCCUCUGCCCAUCGCAGCGCUCAAGAAUCCUGGGCUGGAAGAGAUUUACGCGAAGCGCUUCCAGUUCUUCAAUCCCAUGCAGACACAGAUCUUCCACACCCUCUACCACACGCCGGCGAACGUGCUGCUAGGUUCGCCGACUGGAAGUGGUAAGACGGUGGCUGCAGAGCUGGCAAUGUGGUGGGCCUUCCGAGACAAGCCAGGCUCCAAAGUUGUCUAUAUUGCACCUAUGAAAGCCCUGGUUCGAGAGCGUGUCAAAGACUGGGGGGCUCGGUUGGCCAAGCCUCUCGGUCUGAAGCUGGUAGAGCUGACUGGUGACAAUACCCCCGACACCAGAACCAUCAAGGAUGCAGACAUCAUCAUCACCACUCCUGAGAAGUGGGAUGGUAUUUCCAGAAGCUGGCAGACCAGAGGAUAUGUCCGUCAGGUCAGUCUUGUUAUUAUUGACGAGAUUCACCUCCUCGCUGGAGAUCGUGGUCCCAUCCUUGAGAUUAUUGUCUCGCGCAUGAAUUACAUCGCAGCGUCCACAAAGAACUCGGUCCGGCUGUUGGGUAUGUCGACAGCCUGCGCCAAUGCUACCGAUCUGGGCAACUGGCUCGGCGUGAAGGAGGGCCUGUUCAACUUCAGGCACUCUGUCCGGCCCGUGCCGUUGGAGCUGUACAUUGAUGGGUUCCCAGAGGUCCGAGGCUUUUGUCCACUGAUGCAGUCCAUGAACAGGCCGACUUUCCUGGCCGUCAAGAACCACAGCCCUGACAAGCCGGUCAUCGUCUUCGUGCCAUCGCGGCGACAGACACGUCUCACAGCCAAAGACCUGAUCAACUUCUGCGGCCUGGAAGAUAAUCCCAGGCGGUUUCUGAAUAUGGAGGAAGACGACCUUCAACUCAACCUUGCUAGGGUCAAGGAUGAUGCACUGAAGGAAGCCAUCAGCUUUGGAAUCGGCCUUCACCAUGCCGGUCUCGUCGAGUCUGACCGACAGCUUGCCGAGGAGCUGUUCUUGAACAACAAGAUCCAGAUCCUUGUGGCAACCAGUACACUGGCCUGGGGUGUCAAUCUCCCUGCCCAUCUGGUUGUCGUCAAAGGCACGCAGUUUUACGACGCCAAGAUCGAGGGAUACAAGGAUAUGGACUUGACGGAUGUUCUCCAGAUGCUCGGGCGUGCGGGACGGCCACAGUUCGACAACUCAGGCGUGGCUCGGAUCUUCACUCAAGACGCGAAGAAGGACUUCUACAAGCACUUCCUGCACACUGGCUUUCCUGUUGAGUCAUCUCUGCACACCGUGCUGGAUAACCAUCUCUGUGCAGAGGUAUCGGCCGAGACCAUUGUCACUAAGCAAGACGCCUUGGACUACCUGACCUGGACGUUCUUCUUCCGGAGACUCCACAAGAACCCGUCCUACUAUGGGCUCGAGAUCUCGGCGGAAGACCACAGUAGCGUGGCGGCCCAGCAGCUGGCUAAUGACUACAUGAUCGAGAUGGUUGACAAGUCCCUGCACGAACUGGCUGAUUCCAAGUGUGUGGAGGUCUUCCCAAAUGGCGACGUCGACCCGACGCCCUUUGGCAAGAUCAUGAGUUACUACUAUCUGUCCCACAAGACGAUCCGCUAUCUCACCCGGCAUACAAAGGCACAGGCCUCGUUCCUUGACGUCCUGACUUGGAUGUGCCGGGCAACGGAGUACGAUGAAUUACCUGUUCGCCACAACGAGGACUUGAUCAACGCGGAGCUCUCCAACAACCUUACCUUCCCGGGCACCUCUUUUGGCCUGCCGAUGUGGGAUCCUCAUGUCAAGGCUUUUCUUCUGCUGCAGGCACACAUGUCCCGUGUGUCUCUCCCGAUUACCGAUUAUGUCGGCGACCAGACCAGCGUCUUGGACCAGGCCAUCCGUAUCAUCCAAGCCUCUAUCGACGUCCUCACGGAACUAGGCUACCUCGCCAGUGUCCUGCAGAUGAUCUCGUUGCUGCAGUCUGUCAAGUCAGCGCGCUGGCCGACCGAACCGCCUCUAUCGAUUCUGCCAGGCGUGGACGCGGAAAAGACCAAGGACAGGACAACGCUGCAGCAGCUGAGCGCCAUGAACCAGGGGCAGGUGACGAAGCUGGCCCGGAGCCUCCGCGUCCCACAGGCUACGCAGCAGCGCUUCCUCCGCGCCGCCUCGACCCUGCCAAACGUCGCCGUCAGCGUGGAUGAUAUCACUUACCACUCGCUGACGGUCACGCUGAGACGUCUCAACCCGCUCGUGGAGCGCGAUGCGCGCAUCUAUGCGCCGCGGUUCCCCAAGCCACAGAACGAAGGCUGGUUCGUCGUGGUGGGCGACCUGGCGAGGGACGAGGUGUACGCCAUCAAGCGGGUCAGCUGGUCGCAGGGCCCAGGGAGAGGAGGGGCUACUGUCGGAUCGAAGCCCUCUGCGAAGGCAAGUGUGAAGCUGCCAGAGAGCGCCGGUGAUGGCAGUAGUAGUGGUAUGGGUGAGAAGAGGAAUGUGGAUGUGCUGGUGCUGAGUGAUGGGUUGUUGGGGCUGCAGUACCAGGUGAUGGGGGUAGACGUGCCGGAGAGGCCGGGGCUGGCUGGUUCUUCUUGA